GUUUCGUGCUCGGCGACGAUGAUGAUGGUGGUGCAGCUCGUCUGCGGUCUCGCGCUGCUACCAUGGGUCAUGAGCCUCGACGAAGGCCGCGUCGUGCGCAUGGGCCUCAAGCGCGCCCUGCCGCUCCGGCGGCGCCUCGACAGCGCGGCCAACGCGACGACGGCGCUGUUUCUCAAGAACGAAGUUCCGCUCGGCGUGGGCGCCGGCACGCACUAUGCUGAGCUGUACAUGGGGCUACCGCCGCAGAAGGCCUCGGUGAUUGUCGACACGGGCAGCCACUUGACGGCGCUUCCGUGCGCCUCAUGCCCCAACUGCGGUACGCACACCGACCCGCCGUACGACAUUGCCAAGUCGUCGACCGCGCGCUUCAUGCAGUGCGACGAGUUUGACGGCUGCUCAUCCUGCGAGCAAGACCAAUGCCGCAUCUCACAGAGCUACGCCGAGGGCAGUAUGUGGUCGGCGCUACUGAUCAACGAGCUCUGCUGGGUCGGGCCGCUGGACGCGAGUGGCGAGAGCAAUGCGACAUCGAGCAUGGCGGCGGCGGGCGUGCGGUUCCCGAUUGGAUGCCAGACCAAGGAGACCGGGCUCUUCAUCGGGCAAAAAGAGAAUGGGAUCAUGGGGCUCUCGCAGGACCGGAAUACCUUCAUGGCGUACCUCGUCUCGGCCAAGAGGGUAGAUCGCAACCUCUUCUCGCUCUGCUUUGCCGAAAAUGGCGGGCAAAUGGUCCUCGGCGGCGCCGAUGAAAGCGUUCACGUCGCUGCCCCCGUGUACACGCCGCUCCUCACCGCCAGUGGCUGGUUCACGGUCGAGCUUCUCGAUAUCAGCGUUGGCAACAAGUCGCUCGGGAUCGCGCCGGCGACCUACAACCAUGGCCGCGGCGUCAUUGUCGACAGCGGCACGACCGACUCGUUCUUCCCGAGCAGCGCGGCGUCGGCGUUCAACGCCGCGUUCACCGAGCUCUCGGGCGGCCAUGAGUUUCUGGAUAACGUCGAGGACCUUCUCACGGACGACGCACUUCGGCAGCUACCACCGAUCGUGCUGACGCUGCGGGGUCCGACCCGGUCGUCGAUGAUCACGCUUCAGAUCCCAGCGACGCAAUACUAUACCAAAGUGAGCGAGGACGGACACUACACGUCAAGCUUUCACUUUUCCGAGCCGUCGGGCAGCGGUGUUCUUGGCGCCAGCACGAUGCUCAACUACAAUGUCAUCUUUGACAUGGAAGGCCGGCGCAUUGGGUUUGCGCCCGCGCGCUGCGAUGCCAACAGCCGCGCGCUAUUGUUUGGACCAAGCGUGGCGAGCGGACCGCUACUGCUGCCUCCGAUCAACUCGUUCUGGUACCAGUACGAGACGCUCUUGACCGUGCUGGUCGCGUGCUCGUUCAUGGGAGUUGUGCUCCUCUGCCUGACGUUUCUCUUGCGCCGCAAGUGCAGUGCCAAGACGCGCUGGGUACGCCUCUCGACCAGCGACCACUCCCCGUCGCCGCGCCCGAUUGCACUCAACGCAAUGGAUGUGAGUCCAGAACUGUUUGAGUCGGGGGAUGGAAGCCCCAUGACGCCACCGACGCCACCGUCGCCCCAGCGCCGCCUCUCGCGGUCGCCAGAUCUGCAUUCGAUUCCAGAGAGCGACUCGGAGUAGUUGUCAUAGCAUGAGAUAGUAGAAAGGAGUACAUAUUGUCUGCUCGUGUG